UCUUGUCCUCUUUCAAAAUGGCGGACCCGAGUGCUAAGAAGCAGCCCAGUAUCCCGGAGACUCUCCGGAAGAAGAGAGCUGCAGCACGAGCACGUCUGGCUGCUCGGGCAAAAGCUCUGCCAGUGAUCCGCAAGCGCCAGCUGGCUAGGAGAAAGCUCAUCUUCAAGCGUGCUGAGAAGUAUGCGAAGGAGUAUCACCAAGCCGAGAGGGACUUGAUCAACAAGCACCGUGAGGCCAGGAAAAUCGACAACUACUAUGUCCCUGAUCAGCCCCGUCUUGCUUUCGUGAUCCGUAUUCGCGGUAUCAAUGGAGUUGCACCAAAGGUCCGCAAGGUUCUGCAGCUUCUGCGUCUGCGACAGAUCCACAACGGUGUGUUCAUCCGUCUUAACAAGGCAUCCAUGAACCUUCUCCGCCUUGCUGAGCCUUACAUCGCCUGGGGAUACCCCAACCUGAAGACGGUGAAGGAGCUUAUCUACAAACGUGGAUAUGGCAAGCUGAAGCGUGACCGCACCGCUCUCACCGACAACAAGAUUGUCCAGCAGGCUCUUGGUCGCAAUGGAAUCAUUUGCGUUGAGGACCUUAUCCACGAGAUCUACACCGUUGGUGACAGCUUCAAGUGGGCCAACAACUUCUUGUGGCCAUUCAAGCUGUCUUCUCCCCGUGGUGGUUUCCGUAAGAUCACCAACCAUUUCGUUGAGGGAGGUGACUGCGGUAACCGUGAGCUCGCCAUCAACGCUCUUGUUCGCCAAAUGAACUAACUAUUUCAAUAAAGGGUUGCCAUUAGAGAAAGCA